GGGUAUGAACCAUCAGUUUUUUAAAACAUAAAUCUCUACAUUUUUUUGCACUUUAGUAACUUUAAGCACAGAAUUUGGUUAUUUUCGAAUUCGAAUAUUCACUGCUGGUUCUAAAAAUGUGAAAGCUUCGUUUUAGAAUUGAAAUGAUUAAUGGAAAUCCCACAGAUUCGGUUAUUCUGACACAAAACACCAAAGUGUGUAUAUUUUUUUUUUUCUCGUAGAUGGAAGGGCGUAAAAGAAAACGUGAAACAGAAAUUUGUGAAAGACAACGUCGCAGACGGAUUAACCAAAUUAUAUGCAACUGGGAAUGUGAAUCUUCUUAUGAAGUACCAGAAAUUCAAUGCCCACAGUACUCUAUUUCUGACUCAACACCAAAUUCUCAAAAUAAUGACAUAAUCUGUCAUAAUAAUACGUGUGAUUUUUCAACUCCGUCGGUCGAAAACCAUGCUUCUGUUCUACCAUUAGAUCGCUCUUACCAAACUAAUUUUUAUCCAGAUAGAAAUGAGAACAUUGAUAAUAAUAUCCCUGCAAGUCCAAUUAUAGAAGUUUCUUCUGUAAAAAGCGUGAACGAAAAAUGUGAAGACGUGGAUUUUUUUACUGCCAAAUUGAGAAAGUGGGCUGUUGAAGAAAGAAUUUCGCAUAUGAGCUUGAAGAAAUUGCUACUUUUAUUACGAUCCAUCCCCAGUUUAUCUACCGAAUUGCCUUGUGAUCCUCGAACACUUUUGAAAACUAUGCGGCGGACCGCAAUUCGAGAAGUAUUUCCUGGUCACUAUUAUCAUUUCGGUCUUGCCACAAGUAUACGUGAUGUUUGUCAUAGAAUGAAAAACUUUAAUCUUGAAGAAAUUGCUCUUGCUAUAAAUAUUGACGGAGUCCCGUUGUUUGAUUCUUCAACGGCCUCGCUGUGGCCAAUUUUGGGGAACAUUAUACCUUAUAAAGAAGUAUUCAUGAUUGGAGUAUAUUAUGGACAAAAAAAACCUGAGGACCCGAAUGAAUUUUUAAGUCAAUUUGUCGAAGAAGCCGUUGAAAUUUAUGAAAAUGGUAUUAUGAUAAGGGAAAAACUGUACAAAUUUUCCAUCAAAUUAAUUGUUUGCGACGCUCCAGCAAAAUCUUUCGUUUUGGGUGUCAAAGGCUGUACUGGAUUCCACAGCUGUACAAAAUGUGUAACGAAAGGGAAAACAUUGAAAUAUCGCAGGUGUUUUCCCAAAUUAAAUGCUACGAGACGUACCGAUGCAACAUUUUUGGAGUAUCGCGAUAAGAAAUAUCAUGAGUGCAAAACAUGUUUAGACAAUAUUCCAGGAGUGGGGCUGGUAUCAAGUGUCACUCUUGAUUACAUGCAUCUGAUACUGUUGGGUGUUGUAAAAAGAUUGUUGCUCCUAUGGCUUCAUGGCGAUAACUCUUAUAGACUUGGCCGCUUACAGAUUAAAAAAAUCUCAAAACUGCUCAAAAAUAUAAGGCUCUACAUUCCAAAUGAUUUCGGUCGAAAACCCCAAAGUUUGGAGUUCGUUAAAUUGUGGAAAGCUAUUGAAUUUAGGCAAUUUCUUCUCUAUACGGGGCCAAUCGUUUUACGAAAGGUUUUGUCAGAUGGAAUGUAUAAUCACUUUAUGACCCUCCACGUUCUGAUAAGAAUAUUAUGCGAAGUAGAACAGCAUCAGGAUAAACUCGAUUACGCUGAGAAUCUUGCAAAACACUUUAUCCGAUCGUUCGGAGAAAUAUAUGGUGUCCAUCUCAUAACGCACAAUGUACACGGUAUUAUCCAUUUGGUGGAAGAUGCGAGAAUACAUGGAUCAAUUGAAAAAUUUAGUGCGUUCAAGUUCGAAAAUUUUAUGCAAACAUUGAAAAAAAUGGUACGAAAACCUGAUAAACCCCUGCAACAAAUAGCCCGGCGCUACGGAGAAAUUCAAACGGCUAAAACUACCUGUUCAGAUAACAAUGAGAUCUCUGAUGAUUUGAAUUUAAUUGCAAGUUCUUCUCAUAAUGAAGGACCUCUCCCUGAGAGUUGCUGCAACCCUCAGUAUAAAAUAAUAAGAUCGUCAAAAUUUACUAUCAGGGCUGGUGGGCAAGCCGAUAGUUGCUGUAUUCUUAAAAAUGGUGACAUAUUUACGGUUUCCAAUAUAGCAACUUGUCGAGACACCCAGGAAUUAAUGAUCAUCGGUCGAAAACUCGCAUUCGAAGAUAAUUUUUUUAAUAUUCCCUGCCCAUCAUUGGCUCUAGGAAUAUAUAAAAUGAAAAACAUUAGCAAUCAACAAUUAUCUUUACACCCGCUUAGUGAUAUUAUUAACAAAUGUGUAAAGCUCCCAUACAAAUCAUCAUUUGUUAUCUUUCCUUUUCUACAUACCAAUAACCACUGAAUUUGAGAAAAAAGUUUCUAAUAUUCAGAGAGAACGAUGGAUAAGAAUAAGAAGUAGUCACUUGUGUCUAUGAUAUGAAAAAAGUGCGCAUCUGUAUAUCCACGGGUCAUUUCGAUUCUAUUAUAUUAUUUGGUUAGUUUGUUUUGAUAAUCAUCGGUUGUGUUAUUCAAUAUAAUUUUUUUCAUAAUUCAU